AUGGGCAAUUCACAGAGCCAGAGUGAAUUCAUCUUAUUGGGAGUGGCUGACCGCCCUCGCUUGGAGAUGCUGCUCUCUGCAGUCGUCCUGAUCUGCUACGUAAUGACCUUGCUUGGAAACACAAUCAUCAUUGUGGUGUCACGGCUGGAUCCCCGUCUCCACACCCCCAUGUAUUUCUUCCUCAGUAACCUUUCCUUUCUUGACCUCUGUUACACAACCAGUCUUGGUCCCCAUAUGCUGGUGAAUUUCUGGAGAAAACAAAAGACCAUCAACUAUGUUGCCUGUGCAGUCCAGCUAUAUGUCUCUCUUAGUCUGGGCUCAACAGAGUGUCUUCUGUUGGCAUCCAUGGCCUACGACCGCUAUGCAGCCGUCUGCCAACCUCUGCACUACACUGCCAUCAUGAGCCAUUCUGUAUGUUUCAAAAUGGCUGCUGUCUCCUGGGCGAUCGGCUUCAGCCACUCACUAGUGCAGACGGCAAUGACUCUGAGGCUCCCAGUGUGUGGACACAACAGGAUAGACCAUUUUUUCUGUGAGGUACCGGCGCUGCUCAGACUGGCCUGUGUUGACAUCUCGGUCAAUGAGGCUGUUCUCUCUGCUUCCUCUGUAGUCAUCCUCUUGCUCCCUCUGGCCCUCAUCAUAGUCUCGUACGGCUACAUCACAGUUGCAGUCCUGAGAAUCCGCUCAGCUGAAGGCAGGCGCAAGGCCUUCAACACUUGUGCCUCCCACUUAACUGUGGUGUCACUCUUCUACGGCUCAGCCAUUUUUAGUUAUCUCCAGCCUCCUUCUAACUACUCCCGUGACCAAGGCAAGAUGAUGUCCCUGUUCUAUACCGUGGUUGCUCCGAUGCUGAACCCUUUAAUCUAUACGCUGAGGAACAAAGAGGUCCACCAAGCUGUAAAAAGAGUAAUGGGCAGGGAACGAACAUUGUAG